AUAUAUAUAGCUACAUAAUAAUAUAUUGUUUAUAUAAGUUAUGGUUUAUAUUGUAUAAAAUAAAAAUGGGUAAAGUCUCAGAAAAAAUUAGCAGGAUAUUUUAUCCUCCUGGAGUGACUCAUCUUAACCCAACUGUUGCAGCAGCACUUUUUCUUAUUCUGUUUUCAACUCUACUCACUUUAACUACGCCAUUUUCUUACUUACCUUCUAUGGUUGCUAGCUUUGGGUAUAAUCAAAAAGAGAGUGGAUAUUAUGCUGGUAUGAUUGCCUCAUCAUUGUUUGUUGGGCGCUUUCUUGGAGGCUACUACUGGGGUUGGUUGACAGAUAAGGUUGGACGCCGUCCUGUUUUACUUGUUUCAGCAUUAUUAACUUUUGUUGCUACUCUAGCCUUUGGUUUUACUACUAAUAUUUAUUGGGCCAUUGCUACAAGAUUUUUGCAAGGUUUAUUUAAUGGAGUUACUGUAGUAGGAAGAGCAGCUUUUGCUGAAAUAUGUGACAACACAAAUCAAGCAAUAGGUGUCUCCCUUGUGUUUGCUGCUUGGAACUCAGCAAUUGUGAUGGGACCUGCUUUUGGAGGUUUUCUUGCUACACCAGUGAUCAAGUAUCCAAAUGUUUUUAAAGGUGCAUCUAAAUGGUUUUUUACAAAGUUUGCAUUCUUGUUACCAAGCGUAUUAAUCUCUGUUGUUCUGAUACUGUCCAUUAUAUUGAUUUUUUUCAAAUUUGAUGAAACUAAUAAAAGGGCAGACUUGUCUGAUGGUGUAAAAGAAUCUCAAGGUCUUUUAUCCAAGGAAAUUGCUGAGAUCGAAAAUUUAAACAAAAAACCUGAAAAAAGUCAAACUAAGCAAAACUGUUGCAAUAUAAAACAAUGGUCAAUUGUGGAACUCUGCAGUGACAAAGAUGUAGUGUUGACUGUUAUCAUGUUUGGCAUCUCAGGAUUUUGCAUUAUUGGUUUUUCUGAACUUUCAUCAUUAUGGAUGGCUACAAGCCUAAAUUAUGGUGGCCUAUCUUUUGAUACUGAUAAAAUUGGUAUUACUUUAUUGGUACCUGCCAUUUUAUCAAUCAUACUACAACCUAUUCUGUUUUCAAGGCUUGAAAGACGACUCGGUGGUAUUUUGACACUACAAGCUACAAUAUUAAUUCUUGUUGUGACUACAGUUAUGUUUCCAUUUAUUCGAAUUUUUCAUUCAAAUAAAAGCAUUAUGUGGUUUUUAUUGAUAUUUCUUGGUUUACUUCGUAUGAUUGCUGACAUUAGCAGCCGAUCGUGCAUUGCACUUUUUAUAAAUAAUUCUGUGUACUCUGACCAAGCGGGGCGAGUAAACGGUUUAGCGUACUCUGUCCAAGAAAUUAUGAGAGUGGCAUCACCAACUAUGUUCGGUAGUUUAUUUGCAUGGUCUAUCAAUGAUAAUAAUCAUCAAGUUAAGUUUCCGCUUGACUAUCGACUUUCAUUUUUUGCUGUAGCUUUUUUUACUUUAACAAUACUAGUGCUUUCCUUUUUACUUCCUAAAAGUAUUAACGGACCAAAAACGCCACCGACGUCUUCAACGGAAGUAAAAAUCACAUAGACAGUUUUUUUUUUUUUUACCUUAGGAGUCGUCCAUAUAUUACGUAACCCUAUAAGAAGGGAGGAGGGUUGGUACUUUUGUGACAACCCAUACAAAACUUGCUUUUUAAGUGUGACGAUUUUGUGACAAGAGGGGGGGGGGGAGGUCAAAAGUUGACGUGACGUAAUUUAUGGAUGACCCCUUAUGCAUUUUCUUUAUUUGAUGUUUAUUUAAUGUAUGUGUAUAUAGGCAAUUUCCAUGUAAUAAGGUGUUUUUUUAUAUGUAUGUGUACAUAGAAUACGAUGUUUUUUUUAAAUGUAUGUGUGCAUAAAAUAUGGUAUGUUUUGCAUUGCAUUUUUUUAUAUUGUUGAAUAAAAGAACAAAAAAAAAUCUAUUUAAAAUUUUUUUACUCUUUAAAAACACAUUUAUAUGCUUUAUAAAUUUUUUUGGUGUAGAUGACUUUAAACUUAAGUUUUGA